AUGGAGAUUGAUUUUGGGCCAAACGGCAUCGCCCCUAUGGAUCCUGACGACGCCGGCGACUUGGACGUGGGGUCCACGCCCCUGGCGCCGCGCCGCGAGCCCAUCGCCGCCAUGGCCCCCGCCGGCGCCCCUCAAAUUCCCCUCACCCAGCCGGCCAGCACCCAAGACCGCGACACACCCUUGGAGGAACACGACGCACCAGACCGCAGCGGCGGCGGCGACGGCGGGGUCGAAGACCCCGAUCGGCCCGCGGCGCCGCCCCCCGGCCCCGCCAUCUCAUCCCACCUGGCGCGCCUCCUCGCAGCCGCGCCGGCGCCGCCGUCCGCCGUGACCGGCGCACAGCUGCUGCUGCUCGCGGCGCACGCAGCGAUGCUCGAGACGGGCUUCGCGCCGCGGCGCGCCGGCGGCGGCGGCAACCCUUCCGCUGCUGCAGCUGGCGGCGGCGGGGACAGGGGUGUCGGUGCCGACGCCGCCCCAGGCGCCGCCGCUGCGGCGGCGGCAGACGUGGAGGCGCUGCUGAGCAGCGCCGUGGGGGGGACUUACACCAUGCGCUACUCAUUGGAGCCGAACGGAUCGGACGGCCCCGCCGUCGCAGACGCGGCCCGCGCGGGCGCGACCGCCGGCGGAGGGGGCGCGGGUGCGACGGGCGAGGGGGCUGGGGAACCGGAGGUCGUUCUGAGCCUGGGUGUCUCCCGCUUCUGCCGCCCCGCCGCGCCGCCGCAAACCGGCGCUGCCGCCGCGGCCGCGGCUGCGGCCUGGGCGCCGCUGGCGGCACGCCUGGCGGACGCGCCGGCCCUCUGGCUGCAGCUGAGGGACCGGGUCGCGCUGCCGCUGCUCGCGGCCGCGCGCGCGGCGGCGGGGCUGCCGCCGCCUGUCGGGCUGCUGACGCUGCCGUGGGAGCUGCAGGAAGCUUGGCUGAAGCUGCUGCCGGCCAAGGACUUGGCGUCCCUCGCGGGCAGCUGCUGCCAGCUGCGCAACCUCGGAUCGCUCGACUCCCUGUGGCUCCCGCUUUUCGAGGCCGAGUUCCCGCACGCCUCGCCGGCGGAGCGAGCCGACGGCAACGCGCACGGCUGGAAGGCCGCCUUCGCCGAGGCCUGGCGGCGCCGCGCCGCGCGGCGCCGCGCCGCGCACAGGCUGCUGCGGCCGCACGCGCGGCCGUUCCCGCCGGCGCCGGCGCCCUGGGCGCCGCUGUUGCCGCCUGGGGGCCCGCGGAUGCCCCCAAACGUCAUCGGCGGGGACUAUGACAGGUUGCCUGGUGGCCUAGGCUACUUUGGGGGCCCCGGUGGGGUCGGUGGUGGGGGCGGCCCUUUUGUGGGCCCCUCUGGCUUCUUCACACCGUCGCAGGGCUUCGGCGGCGGGGGCGGCCCGCUCGGCGGCGGCGGCGGCGGCCCCCCGUUCGCGCCAGGCUUUCGCGGCGGCGGCCGGCGCGGCGGCGCCGGGGGCCAGUGGCGCCUUUACUGA